AUGGACAAGUAUGAUAUGCCCGCUAAUGCCUCCCACUCGUUUAGCUACAGAGUAUUGAGUGAUAUUCUGGAGUUUUCCAACGAUGAGCAGCGCCUGUGGUGGCAUAGCGCGGCACCGAUGUUUGCGCAGAUGCUUGAGACUUGCGGAUAUGAUAUUCAUGAGCAGUACAAGAUCUUGGGCACCUGGAAGAAGGUGGUCACUCCAUUCUUAGGGCCUUAUCCGAGGAAUGACCGAGCGCGGUGGUUAAGUAUCCUAACGCGAUACGGGACUCCUUUUGAGCUGAGCCUCAACUGCUCCCAUAGUCUUGUGCGGUACACCUUUGAACCAAUCAGUGCCUUAACUGGGACAGACCAGGAUCCUUUCAACACCCAAGCAAUUUGGGAGAGCCUGAGCCAGCUCAUACGUCUGAACGGGGACGUGGAUACGCAGUUGUUCAGGCACUUCAAAGACAACCUUACCCUAGACAACACGGAAUCAGCGCAUCUUUUGCAGAACAAUCUUGUCGGGUCGCAGAUUAGAACGCAAAACAAGCUGGCCCUUGACUUGCAGAAUGGAAGUUUUGUGGUGAAGGCCUACUUCUACCCCGCCCUCAAGUCCCUAGCAACAGGGCGUUCCAUCAAGGAUCUGAUGCUCUCCUCAGUGAGGCAACAUGUUGAAUGGUCACCCACACUAGCACAGCCCCUGUCGGUGCUGGAGGAGUACAUAGAGUCACGGGGACCGGACUCUACAGCUUCCCCACGACUUCUUUCUUGUGACUUGAUCAGCCCCGAGUGUGCCCGCACUAAGAUUUAUCUGCUGGAACGACAGGUCUCACUCGAGGCGAUGGAAGACCUGUGGACUCUGGGUGGGCGUCGGAACAGUGCCACGGAUUUGGUCGCAUUGGACACCAUCCGCGAGAUUUGGAGCCUAAUUCAGCUGCCACCGUGCCUGGCCUCCUAUCCUUCCGACUACCUCCCUCUUGGGACGAUUCCAGACGAGCAGCUACCCCUAAUGGUUAAUUAUACACUACGGCCGGACGAUCCAAUGCCCGAGCCUCAGGUGUACUUUACAACAUUUGGGCUGAACGAUUUGCACGUAACCAACGCGCUUACGGCCUUCUUCCAGCGCCAGGGCUGGACGAAGCUGGCUGAGACUUAUAAAGAGAAUAUCCGUGCCUAUUACCCACACGCCGAUCAGGAGACGGUCAACUACAUCCACGCUUAUAUUUCUUUCUCUUACCGUAAGGGCGUCUCCUACAUGAGCGUCUAUCUCCAGACAUUUGAGACGGGUGACUGGCCUGUUACCCAUUGUCCCAAGCGGCAAUACCUCUGCAAGGAUCAUCCCAUCCGUCCAGCUGAGCCAGCCGACGCCUAUGCAUCACCUAUCUCGGAAGACGAAGCAGAACGAGUCAUCGAACACGACUGUAUUGCUGCUAGGGACUGA